AUGUCAGAGCCGGAGAAAGAACCUGUUGAUUCCAGGGCAUCAGAUGUCUCCUCAGGAGACUCAACUCUUAAUCAAGACUGCGAUGUCGCUCUUAACUUUUUGAACAAGCACCAGGACUUGAAAGUGGGUCAAGCAGAGGAUAAGCUGCCUACACAUGUCUUGAGGAAACUAGAUAUGUACGUCUUGAGUUUCAUGUGUGCCAUCUACUUCCUCCAGUUCAUCGACAAGACGUUAUUGAACUUCUCUGCCAUGAUGGGUAUUCGUAAAAACUUGAAAGGUAACGAAUUCGCCAACCUGGGUACCAUCUUCAACGCUGCCUAUAUCUUUGGUGAACCAUUUGUGUCUUACUGUCUACAAAGGUUCCCACUGUCUCGCACAUUGGCAACAUUUGUGAUACUCUGGGGUGUUGUUCUUGCUUGCCACAGUGCCUGCCACACUUAUGCCUCGUUGAUGGUUGUUCGUACUCUCCUCGGUAUCUUUGAGAGUUGCUCUGCUGUGAGUCUGAUCAGUAUCAGUGGUAUGUACUAUACCAAACCAGAACAGGCACAGCGUAUUGGUUACUGGGCAAUUCAAUCAGGUACUGGUACUAUUGUCGGUGCACUGCUCAGUUUUGCCUUUCAACAUGUCCAUACGACAAGAUUCGCUUCAUGGCAGAUUCUAUUCCUGGUUUUCGGUCUCAUCACAGUGACGUUUGGAAUCUUUGUUUGGUUCUAUCUGCCUGAUAACAUCACCAAUGCGUGGUUCUUAACAGACGAGGAGAAGGCAAUGGUCAUUGAGCAUGUACGGGUAAACCAAACAGGAGUUGAGAACAAAAAGUUCAAGAGACACCAGAUAGUGGAGUUAUUGAAAGACAAGUAUACAUGGCUUCUGCUUGUACUCACAAUUACGUCGCAGAUCGUCACUGGUGCUGUGGGUACCUUCUCCACAACAAUCACAGCAACGUUUGGCUUCAAUAGUAAAGCAACGAUUUUGCUACAAAUACCAAUAGGUGUUAUUAUCAUCAUUUGUAUCUUAGCAACCACCCAACUCAUUGCAAGAUACGGUCAUUUGACAUAUAUCCAUGUUUCGAUGUAUAUCCCUUCUGUCGUUGGUGCCAUUAUGCUUCUAUCCCUCGAAAGAUCUAACAAGAUUGGUAAUUUGUUCGGUCUUUACCUGUUAUACAGUGGUUCGUGUGCCAUUACCCUUAUAUAUGCAUGGAAUAGUGCAAACACCGCAGGUUAUACCAAGAAGCUGUUUCGUAAUGCUCUGACGAUGAUAGCAUUUGCCAUUGCCAGUAUCAUUGGACCACAAUUAUUCAGGGCUUACUCUUACCCACGUUACAUUCCAGCAAAGAUCACAAUUCUGGUUACUCAGGCAGCUGCGAUUCCAAUGACAUUGCUGGUUGGAUGGUUAACCAGACGUGAUAACAAGUUGAGAGAUGCUUUACCGGAAACCACCGAGGAGUUAUACGAUCAGGAGAACUACGAGUUCCUCGACCUUACAGAUGUUGAGAACAAGAAGUUUAGAUAUGUGUAUUGA